AUGAGCGAACUCAGCGAGCAGGUAGAGCGGACGCUAGGGAACCUGGAGAAGAAGGCGGAGUUUUUGGAGGAGCAGCGAGGGCACUUUAUUGCGUUGCGGCAGCGGCUGGUGGAGUAUGAUCCCGAGAAGUACGCGGCGCAUGCGGGUGACGGCGGCUCCGGAGUGCGCGGACUGGUGUUCGGCGAAGUGAUUCUGUCCACGCGGGUGUACCUGAGCCUGGGGUGUGAGUAUUAUGUGGAAAAGCAGCCCGCGGAGGCGGUGGCCUGGGUGGAAGGGCGGUUGCGGUUGCUGGAGGACGCGCAAGACCAGUUCCGGGUGCAGAUCGCGCACGCGAAAAGCACGCUGCGUGAGCUGGCGGCGCUGGACGGCGCGGGCGGCGCGGACUGGGCGGCUGAGUCAUCGGGGGAAGACGGACUGCCGCUGAUGGAGAUCCGCGAGGAGCUGGACGAGGACGGCAACGUGACGAGCGGCGCGGUGCGUCGCGCAGGCGGCCCGGAAGCGGGCGCGAAGCGGGUGGAUGCCGCGGAGGAGGGGCUGCCGUUGAUGGAGAUCCGCGAGGAGCUGGACGAGGACGGCAACGUGACGGGCGGCUCGGUACGCCGCGCUGGCGGCAACGUGCAGCGCGCGGGCCGCGCCGCCAGUGCGUCUGACGCGGGCCAUAAAAGUCAAGAUACUGGGGCUGCACGGCCCGACCAGGCAGCCGAGGAGCGUCUUGAGCAGGACUUAGCGCCGCAGCAGCCUGCAGAAGAUGCCGGCGGGUUGGAUGAGUUUUACGAAGUCCUUGAGGAGAUGGGCAUCACAGCUCCUCGUGAGAGCGUUGAUGUUGGCACGCCUGUGGAAGCGGCAGAGAGUGGGCCUGUGUCCCGCGUGAACGCCAUUGACCACGACGACAUAUACUCGUUUGAUGAACUUGUCAGGCAGCUUGAACAGACAGAUCUCGAUAGCGAUGACGACUUUGACCCUUCCGAGAGCCAGUACGAUUAUGAGUCUGCCAAGCUCGCCCUUGGAUGGGACAACGAGGACAACGGGAACUCAGAAUAUGAGGAUGAAGAUGAAGAUGAAGAUGAUAAUGACUAUGAUGGCACGUAUAUGCCCUCGGUAGUGCCUGGUGGAGCCGCCCAAGCUUCAUUUUUUGCGCAGGUCAAUAAGCUGCGGGCUGAGAAACUCUCAAAAAUGGAGAAAGCCCCUGUUACCCCUCGGCCGAUCCUGAAAAAUCGCCGUCCAACAACUUCCUCCAAGAAGUCAGUCGGCUUUGCUCCGAAGUUGGAUAUCUACGAGGUUGAAAAUGUGAAGAAAGAAACAAAGGCGAAUACAUUCAGCUUUCCUCGCAAUCGCUAUUUGCUAGACCAGCAAGAUACCCGGUCAAGUACACUUGAUGACGAUGGGUUUGACAGCGAGCUUUUUGCGCGCCUAAUUGGUGCUAAGCCAGCGGAUGAGAUUCACGGCAGGUUUCAAACGAACUGGGACCAAUCUGCUAUUAAAUCAAAACCGAAGAUAUCGUUGUUUAAGCAAAAUAGGGGAUCAUUGCUGGGUGACGUUUUGGAGCGCGAACCAGCCAUGAACGAUACCGUCGAGCGCGAACCCGCCAUCAACGACAUCGUCGAGCGCGAACCCGCCAUCAACGACAUCGUCGAGCGCGAACCCGCCAUCAACGACAUAGUCGAGCGCGAACCCGCCAUCAACGACAUAGUCGAGCGCGAGCCUGCCGUGAGUGACAUCGUCGAGCGCAAAUCAUCCAAAUUGCUGACAAAAAAGGAUCUCAAAUCAUUGCGCAAGCCAAGGGAAGCAUCGCGUAUCGUCGAAACAAUUAACUUUUCGGACUCAGAAGAAGAGAUACAAGACAGUUCCGUGCAGGCCGAUAUCAACGAAUCGGCUGAAAAUUCUUCCGAUAAACAUCACCAUAGAGCCCCGGUUCAAGACCAGUCCUUUCCAGCUGUCAUUCAAAAACAUAUAGACGCCCGCGAUGAUGUUAUUCAGGAUAUAAAGGUAGAUUACCAACUUCUUGGCAGAGACCUGGAUGAUAUGGCGAAAGCUUAUGCUCUCGGCGCAUAUGAUGAUGAUGUAGAUGAUCCUGGGGCUCUAUUAGAAAAACUGGAAGAUUUGAAGGUCUAUAACGCGCUGGUGGAGGAAUUGAAAGACGAUAUAUCGGAUUUCCGCGACGGUUCGACUAGUGCUGCGGAUAAGGAGGAUAGCGAUGAACCAGUCAUUUCAGACGUAAUUGAGCACGAUCUGAACGACGCAAUGUUACCCAAUUCGGAUGAUAUUGAUGUGCAAUACGAUAGGCUGAUCGACGAGGUUUCGUUACAAUAUCACAGCAUGCGCAAGAGAAUGGUUGCCUCUAGUGCAAUAGUUUCCAACGUCACAGAAGAAUCCCUCGAGUUAGAACCUAUUGACGAAUUUGGGAAUCCAAUUACUACUAGCAGAUUCAAAACUGCGCUUACGAAACCUGUUUUACCAAUUCCUUGA